UGUACUCUACGCUCCCCAGACCCCACUUGUAGGAUUACACUGGGUAUGUUGUUGUUGUUGUUGAUGUAUUGUUUUGUUUCUUGAUCUUUAUCAGGUUUUGGUUCUUCCCAUUUACUUAAAAAGCUAAACUUUUUUACUUUCUCUGAAGUUAAAUUCACUGUAAAACAAGAAAAGAACAAGGGGUACUGUAAAAGAGAUAAAAAAAGCUGAUUUUUAUUUUCAAGAAUGUUAGAAUCUGCGUAUCUCUGCUUGGGCAUGUGGAGAUUUUAAUUCUGGGUUUAAGUGCACAUUCAAGUUUUUCAGUUUUUGGUUGUCAAAAACUAAGGAUUGGAACCACUGUGGUGGAACACUAGUUUUUUUUUUUUUUUUUUUCGUUUUCCACCCCGUGUCUGGUACCCACAGUGGGGCCCGACUAAAUCUGGAUUCACGCUGAGAAAUCCCACAUUAAGGGACAAAACGGUCCCCAACAAAGGGUGCUCGAACACGAGACGUCUGGUGGGACACUAGUUAAGUACAAGCUGAAGUAAAGUGGGAAUGAAGAAGUAUUUAUUGACAAGAAAAGUGGGAAGGAAGAAAUGGGCUGGAUGCCUGCUUAUUAUUUGUCUUGCAAUGAUCUUGUUGAUUCGAUACAGCAGCUUAGGAAUAACAUACAACAAUGUAGAAAAGUCAUACAGCAGUGUGGGAAAAUCUCCAAAAAAGCAAUCAGUUUAUGGGUUUUUUAAUGACCAUCCGGACAUUAAUGAAGGUUCGAAAGAUGUUGUUGAUGAAUAUGUCAAAUCACAUGAAUCGAAACCGGUAGAGCUAGUAGCUUUUAAGGAAAAACCGCGUCUUAUUGAUGUCGAAGGGCUUAAUGAUCUAUACAGCUCGAAUAAUUUUUCGAGGGAAGAGUCUAAGGCAUUGCUAACAUGGGGUAAUAUGAGAUUCUUGUUAUCUCGGUCAGAUGGUCUGAAUGGAACUGCUCAAGGAGUUAAAGAGGCUGCUAUAGCAUGGAAAGAUUUGGUGUUAUUUAUUGAGAAGGGUAAGGCCACUAAAGCAUCUCUGGAUGAGAAGGAAAAUGAGUAUUGCCCUUAUUCUGUGACUGCAUUCAAUGGGAGCAAUAUUAGGAUCCCUUGUGGCUUAGUUGAGGAUUCAUCUAUUACUGUGAUAGGCAUACCUGAUGCAAAACAAGAAAGUUUUCAAAUUGAGCUUGUGGGUUCAAAACUUCCGGAGGAAACAAAGCCUCCUAUAGUUUUGGAUUAUAAUGUAAUUUUGCCAGGGGAGAACUUGACAAAGGAUCCCCUUAUCACUCAAAAUACAUGGAAUAAUGAAUCUGGGUGGGGUACGGUGGAAAAAUGCCCUGAUCAUGGCUCUACUGACGUGAUAAAAGUUGAUGGACUAGUCAAAUGCAAUGCCAAAGUCUUCCGAAAUAAUAUAGAAGAAAUUGCAAAUACUACCAAUUCUAGCAAUCCAAAGUCCACAGAUGUCUCAAAUUCUAGUGCCUACGGUACUACAAAUUACCCUUUUGUUGAAGGUAACCCAUUUACUGCAACACUAUGGGCUGGUAUAGAGGGGUUCCAUAUGACAGUCAACGGAAGACACGAGACUUCUUUUGCCUACAGAGAGAAACUCGAACCUUGGUUGGUUAGUGGAGUCAAUGUGAUAGGUGGUGUGGACAUCAUAUCGAUCUUAGCGAAAGGAUUACCUGUUUCCGGUGAUUUGGACUUGGGUUAUGAUGUUGAGCACCUCAAAGCUCCAGCAACUCCUAAAAAGAGGCUUGUCAUGUUAGUUGGGGUUUUUUCUACCGGAAACAAUUUUGAGAGACGCAUGGCACUGAGGAAAUCAUGGAUGCAAUAUGAAGCUGUGCGGUCAGGAGAAGUAGCUGUCCGAUUUUUUAUUGGUCUUGACAAAAAUAGGCAGGUCAACUUUGAGCUGUGGAAGGAAGCACAAGCCUAUGGAGAUAUCCAAUUAUUGCCUUUUGUUGAUUACUACAGCCUGCUCACUUUGAAGACCAUAGCAAUUUGCAUUAUGGGUGUUAAAAUCCUACCUGCGAAAUAUGUUAUGAAGACUGAUGACGAUGCUUUUGUGAGGAUUGGUGAAGUUCUGUCGAGCCUCAAGGGAAAGGAUCCUAAUGGUCUAUUAUAUGGUGGAAUAUCUUUUGAGUCAGCACCUCACCGUGAAAAAGAAAACAAGUGGUACAUCAGUCCUGAGGAAUAUCCGCCUCCCUCCUAUCCCCCAUGGGCACAUGGACCAGGUUAUAUUAUUUCUCGGGAUAUAGCUAAGUUCAUUGUUCAGGGCCAUCAAGAAAGGGAACUGAUGCUUUUUAAACUUGAAGAUGUUGCUGUGGGAAUUUGGGUUGAGGAAUUCAGGAGGAAGGGUCACAAAGUACAGUAUGUUCAUGAUGAGAGAUUUUACAAUGCGGGUUGUGAAUCAGGGUAUAUCCUUGCACAUUAUCAGAAUCCAAGGAUGGUGCUAUGUCUGUGGGAGAAGCUGCAGAAAGAGCACGAACCAAACUGCUGCGAGUGACUGUGCUGCAAUCCUAAAAGUGCAAAUUUUUUACUAGUGAGUAUACAAAUUUUGCAGAUGGUUUCAAAUAUGAUCUUCUGUUUGUUUAUUCUUUGACAAAAGGUCAAACUGCAAUUGUAUAGGAGUAUUUGUUUCGGUGGCGCGAUAUUGUUGUUGUCAUGGUUGUUAUUCAUGUAAUGCUGCUGAUGUUGAAUGUUGAAAAGGAAAUGAUGCUAAGGAGUUUUAGUUCUA